AUGGGUGAAGAAUUUGAAGAAUCGGAGGUAAUAUUUGUGGAAGUUGCGGUACAAAGCAAACAAGAUAAUCAUUACAACGUUGACAUACGUCAAGGUAACGAGUUAAAGAGAAAACAGAAGAAAAAGAGGAAAUCUUCAAUUCCAAUUAACAUUCCAGAAAAUAAAUUAAACUUACAUGAAUAUGAAGAAUCGGUAGAUGAUUCUGAUUUAUUUGAAGAAGAUGAUGAAAGAGGUGAGAGAAUAGUUCCACCUCAUGUGAUUUGGCGUAGGAGAAUCGUUGAAAAUGUUGCAUAUUCAAUAUACACAGGAAGAGGGGCGACCUUGAAGAUAAGAGAUUUUAUUCUAAACUUGACGGGAUUUCUCGAAAAUUGA